GCGGCGCUGACGGGGGGCAGGCGGAGCGGGGCGCUGGCCGCUUUGCUGCUUGUGUACUUUUUGGAAGACUCCAUCUGUUUGCCAAGCAGGCUGAUCCUUCUCUGUUGCUUUACUGAUGCCGGUAGCAAAAACUAGUUGCCGGCUUCCAUACCCUUUGGGAUGUGUAAUUAAGCAUGCUGCUUCAGCACAAAAGAUGAACCUUAAGGCCUUUUCAGACACAAAGCACUCAACCCAACUGCUGCAGUAGAGAGAGAUCUGUACCACCAUGACUAGAAGAGGGAUUUAACCCUUGCAGAAAGGAUUUAACCCUGCCAAGAAGUGGCAGUUGUCCUGCAUUGGGUCCUCCCAGGUAACUUCGAAUAGGCAUUGCCAAUGGAUGAACUGGUGCAUGACUUGGCCUCAGCUUUAGAGCAGACUUCAGAGCAGAACAAACUGGAUGAGCUAUGGGAAGAGAUGGCGCUAAGCCCACGGCAGCAGCGGCGGCAGCUUCGCAAGAGGCGGGGUCGUAAGCGACGCUCAGACUUCACACAUCAGGCAGAACAUGCCUGCUGCUACAGCGAGGCCUCAGAGUCGAGCUUGGACGAAGCUGUCAAGGAUUGCCGUGAGGUGCUGACAGCUAAUUUCAGUGACUCUGAUGACAUGGCAGUGGUCAAACGGCAUCCAGCUCUUAGUGCCACCCUGAGGAGCAAGCAACACUUGUGGCAUGAGUCAGACUCCUUUACAGAGAAUGCGCCCUGCCGACCUCUCAGGCGCCGUCGGAAAGUCAAACGUGUGACAUCAGAGGUGGCUGCCAGUCUCCAGCAAAAGCUCAGGGUGUCAGAGUGGAACUAUGAGAGGGGCUGCAGGUUCAAGUCAGCCAAGAAACAGCGUCUUUCACGCUGGAAAGAGAAUGCCCCUUGGACAUCAUCCAGUCAUGGCCUUUGCGAGUCAGGAGAGAACAGGCCCUUCCUCAGCAACGGGGGAAGGAAGGAGCGGAUGGAGUGUGAAGCCGAUGAUCAGAAACAGGGUUCAGAUGAAAACAUGUCGGAAUGUGAAACUAGCAGUGUUUGCAGCAGCAGUGAUACUGGCCUCUUUACCAAUGAUGAAGGCCGCCAAGGAGAUGAUGAGCAAAGUGAUUGGUUUUAUGAAGGAGAGUGUGUUCCAGGAUUCACUGUCCCGAACCUUCUUCCCAAGUGGGGAGCGGAUCACCGAUCUGAAGUGGAGAGGAUUGACUCAGGCCUGGACAAGCUCUCUGUUUCCACCUUCCUUUUGCCCUCACAGCCAGCUCAGAGAGGAUUUCAUGCUCGCCUGAAUCGCCUUCCAGGAGCUGCUGCCCGUUGUCUCCGUAAAGGUCGGAGGAGGCUGGUUGGCAAGGAGACCUCCAUGAGCACUCUGGGCACUGAGAGGCUAAGUCACAUUGUUAAUGAUCCACGCCAGAAAGAUUUUUGGUUACCAUCCAUGGGGAAGAGAGACCGCAACCAGUUCAAUCCAUUAUCUCCUCUCUACUCUCUGGAUGUGCUUGCUGAUGCUUCCCACCGAAGAUGCUCACCAGCACACUGCACUGCCAGGCAAGCAAAUGUCCAUCUGGGACCACCAUGUUCAAGGGACAUCAAGAGGAAACGAAAGCCAGCUGCAGCCUCCAUGUCUAGCCCAACAUCAGCAACUUUAUCUGUCUACAUGGAUGCAGCAGAAUCAGAGCUACCAGCAGCACCAUCUUUGAGAUCCCAGAACUCUGAGUGGACUGGGAAAACACCAGCAGCUGAGAAAUCUACUAUUGCUGCCUCCAGUAACUUUUUUAAAAUGCCACCAGAGAAGAGCCCUGGAUACAGCUAAAAGGGAAGCACUGCAACUGUAAAGGCUUGCUCGACUUUGGAAGUGUUUGAUUCUGGUGUUUGUCUGCACCAAACAUCUUGUUUGGCAGUGUGGUAUCUUCAGUAUUGGUGCGUGGUGCGUGCCAUCAUCCAGGCUGGUCUGUGUGCCUCACACACCUAAAUCAUGUUUGUGAAUCUAUGUUUAAGAAAAGGUAAUCAGUGUUGGGACUGCAGUGGCUUUUAGAAAUUUUCCUGCUAUCACUGUAUUUAUUAUGAAUUCAUCUCUUUCCCUGAUUCCAGCUCAUAUGUAAUGGGUCAUGUACAGGUUUUCUUUUGGGUUUUCAGAUCCUUAUUCACCCUCUGGACAUGUUGCUUGUUUGUGUACUUGGCAUUUUCAGGGUGAAAGUCCCACUGCCAUUCAGGGAGGCAGGAGUCUCCCUCUCCUUGCUUCCAGACCAGAAGGAUUUCUUGGCUGGGGAAUGAGGAGGGAGUGCUAACACAUUGAAACAUGGAACCUGAAUCCUGUAUUAGCAGAAUGUUUUCUGGCCAUGUGCUAACAGACUCAAAUCAUGUUGCUUCUGGCAAAGCAAAUAUGGUGCUUGUCUUUGUAGAAAUCGCCAUUAGCACACUGACAGCAUUGUCCAUUCAACCCUUUCCUUCUCCCUUGUUCUGAAUGUCUUCAGUCUUUAUUGCAUAUUGCAUGUUCAUUCCUAAACCUCCUACUGGAUAAGGAUUUGGGAGAGCUACUUGGACUAAAUGUGCAAGCUGGUGUCCUGGAUGGAAACCCAGAGCCUUGAAUAUUGUUGCAGUGUGGUAGAAGAUUAUACAAAACAUCCAUAUCUCAGUAUAUAAAUUAAAAAAUGUCUGUUAGUGUUAGUGUUUCUAAAGGAUGCUUGUUGAAGUUAACAUGCCAUUGAACAAAAAAGCCAUUUAAAGUGUCACCUGAGUUCAGAGCAUUAUAGGUAUAGAUCAGACUCCUUCUGUAUCAUGCUUCCUCUUCCUUCAAAAGUAUUGUCUGCUACACCUACUGGAGGUGUCUCCACGUGCUGAUAAUUGCACAUUACACUGCAGUGUACACUAAAGAGAUUCUCUUCACAGAACGUCCACUCGGUCUGCUGUUACCUCCUGUGUUGCAGAAUAUAUGGACAGGGAUUUCUUCUCUCUCUGUAAUAACUCUGGAGCUUAUCUUGGACUAUGUUUUAAGAAUAUGUACUUGUAUAGCAUGUACCAAGGAACAGGUGGCCUCACAGCUUCUUAAGUCCUUUUAGUCCUAUUUGUAUGAAUAGAACUUUUUGCUUUCCUUGUGUGGAGCUUUCAGACAGGACUGUUUAAACUUGUAAAAUCUGUUUUGAUUGUGGCAGUUCAUCUAGCACUCUUAAGCAGACAGCAAAAUUUGUGUGAUUUUACUGAUUUUGCAGUGUUCUGUUCUCUUAUGAAUCAAAUGACUGAGGGACAGAUUUGAUUGGGUGAAUAUGAAGCAGUGAUUUAUAUUAGCUGUGUAUUAAAAUGGGAAAUGGUCAUAAUAUACACAAAAAAACCUGAAUGACUGUAAAUCAUGAUUGACAGAUAUAGUUAGUUAUACUACAUGCACACUGUGUCUGAUCCCCUAAUACCUACUUAUUCUUGGGGCGACAUCCAAAUUGGAUUUAUAUUUUGCAGCACAAGCAAACUGUCAGAUCUGUCAUUAUAAAUCCUUCUCAAAACUCUUUUUUUCUUUCUUUUUUUUUUUAAUUUUUUUUAUUUGCGUGGUACAUUGAAGAAGUAAUUAGAACGGGGAAACCCUUUUUACCUUAAUGAUAAAAUACAGAAGUCCAUUUGGAUUACAGGACAAGCUGUAACAGUUUAUAAAGGAAGAAGUGUUCCUGUUUUAAAGUUGUCAUGGCUUUUUCUUAUUUGUAGCUAUUUUGAACAACGAUGCCUAAGGGGUAACACAGGAAGUUUCAGCACUGGAGGGCCUGUAAUCUAAAACAUCUGAAGAGAAGGUAAACCUGAAGAGUAGUAGUUUGACUAUCUAGUACUCAUGAAUACAGUGAAUGGGAAAGGUGAUAAUGUUCUCCUGACAACUUGCAGAUAAAAUUUAGGAUUUGAAGCCUUGUAAUCUAAGCUGCAUGCUGCUCUAAUGAUAAUGAAUGGUUCCCUAAAAGAGCAUUUGUGAAAUUGACUGGUUUUGACCUUGUGGAGUAUCCUCCACAACCUCUCUUAGUUUGAGUCUGUUCAAGAGAUUUACUCAGAUUACUGACCAUUCAGCUUUAUGCAAUAAAUACAAUUUAUUUUAUUUACAUACAAUUUUAGCCAGUGUAUUCCCUUUUAAAAAUCAGUUGUGAUGUAUCUUGCUACAUUCUAAGUAUUGUCCAAAUAGUUUUUUUCUCUUCUGUGAUGUCAGGAUGCUUUAAAAGCUUUUUCAAGAAAGGUGUUAGGGAAUCAAGAGCUUUCAUCUCAUUGUGGUGGUGGAGGGGUGGGUUGCAAUGCUUCAUGUGAUUUUUCUCUGGGUGCAGGGAAAGAGAAUUUAUCACAUUUUCCUAUUGAGGUCAGUAGCACUGUUAUCUGUUUAAGCCCUUACUUAGGUUGUAAGCUCCUAGGAGGUAUUUCUUGUCUUUAAAGGCAGAUUGUACCCGUGGCAGUACUGAAGAGCAACUGUGGCAGUGUCUUGACAAGCCAUACUUCCUGCCAUGGCAACUUUCUGGAAGUUCCAGGAGACUCCAAUUAUUGCAGCCGCCCUGUCUUUUCUAUUUCUAGGUUAGAAUCCAUUUCCAAAUCAGUCAGAUUCUCAACCAAAUUCUCCCGAGUGGUAGGCAACCUAAAUGGAUCAUGUAUCUUGUUACUCUAGGGUAUUUAUCAAAAUAUAUCUUCAGACUUCAGUAACUUGAUACAGAUUUUAGUACCUACAGCAUUAUUAGAUGAAUAAAAUAAGUCCAUUGAUUUGCCUCUUUUUUUCAUCUAAGGCAGAUUUCUUAGAACUCACUCUGCUCACACAGUACUCAGUGUGAAGGAUACUGCUUCCCAUGUGGACUACUUGAGUAGAAAGGAGUAAUAACAUGCCUUGCUUUAGUAGCUGUGCUUCUGCCAAGAUGGUCCAGUAUGUGAUUAUUGCUCCAAAGAUACUCAGCUCACUCGUAUUUCACUUUUUUUGCACCAGGAUGUCCCAGUCUUUUUUCAGUUUUGUCUUCUCUCUAGUUGUCUUCCUCCUUGUCCUUAUGGGACACUUCAACUUUGCAGACAGGACCUGGGAAUACCAUA